GGCCGCCUCGGACCUCCCGCGCCCGCCCCGUGCUCUGCUCGCGGCAUGUUCGCGCCGGUGUCGGGGACUGCGUAGCGCCUCCCCGCCGCUCGAUGGCUUCCUCAGUGUCUUCGGACGACUCGUCUACUUGCACUUGAUCCAAUAUUGUGGGUGGCAGUCAUGGAUUAUCUGCGAGGUAAUGAGUGCCGCAGUUCCUGUCGCGUGCCGAAGCACAGGACUGCCACAGCAUCAGUGGUGGUACGUUGCUGCCGUCUGUUCCACGACUACGGAGUGCUCACCGUGAUGAACCCGCUGCCGGAGUGAGUAUCGUUCGACAUGUGGCGAGUGACUGUUACGACGUUCCUAUGCGCUCUACUACUCACUUAAUGGUGUCUUUCGCCGCAGCUAUGAUGUGAACCGCACUCAUGACUUAAGUUGCUAGCGGACAUACGUGUAGCUGCUCCUCGACUCUGUAGGCAUUUAUUGAUUCUAGUCGUUUUCUUCAUCAAUUUUCCUCCUAUAGGGUAACUCCUGCGUAUCCUCGGUUCAGCACUCGAAGACACCUAUUUAGUGAGUAUCAAACACACUGUUUGCCAUCUCACGUUCAAGAGGUGUAAGAAGGGCUUACGCUUACCGAAAAAUCUAGUCACUGUGACAGCUACAUAAUGCAGGUGCGAACGUAGGGAGUGGCUACGCAAUACGUGAGAGACUGUGUAAUGGCAGGCAGCUUUGGCGAUAAACUGAGUAGUUAGAAGUCACCCGUGAAGUUUCCUUACCUCAGAAUUGUGCCAAAGAGUGAAUGGUAACGUUUUAGGUGAUUAUCGUCUGUUGAAUAGUGAGGCGGAGAAAAGCAGAGAGACAAAGUGGUGUGUCAGCGUCGCAGGAGACAAGCGGCAAGAUAGAGCGCAGUGACGCACUGCUGUCAGCCGUAUCGGCGAUGCGGACGCCCGCUUCGCCGCCUGCCAGUGAGAACCUGCCGGCGGCGACCACGGACUGAGAACAGCGGCCAGCUGCCAGCGGCCGGCCGGGCGCGGCUCCUUUGAUGAAUCUCGCGCUGUCCGCGGCGCUGCACAACGCCUCCGAGGGCGCGGCCGUGGGCUCGCCCUUCCUGCCGGCCAGCUUCUUCAACGCCACCUCCUGGUCUGCGGGGGCGGGCGCCAACGGCAGCGUCGCCGCCGCCCCCGACGUGGGCGACGUGCCGCAGGUGCCCGCCUACAUCCGCACCGCCUCCACCGUCGCCUGCGUCAUCAUCAUGAGCAUCGGCGUGGCGGGCAACGCCAUGGUGCCGGCCGUGAUCCUGCGCAGCCGCGACAUGCGCAACUCCACCAACAUCUUCCUGGUCAACCUCAGCGUCGCCGACCUGCUCGUGCUCCUCGUCUGUACGCCCACCGUCCUCGUCGAGGUCCACUCGCGCCCAGAGGUCUGGCUGCUCGGAGAGACCAUGUGCAAGGCGGUGCCGUUCGUGGAGCUGACGGUGGCGCAUGCGUCGGUGCUGACCAUCCUGGCCAUCAGCUUCGAGCGCUACUACGCCAUCUGCGAGCCGCUGCGGGCCGGCUACGUCUGCACCAAGGCGCGCGCGCUGCUCAUCUGUCUGCUCGCCUGGGCCCUCGCAGCCCUCCUCACCAGCCCGAUGCUGGUGAUCGCGAAGGUCGAAUACCACGAGUACGCGGACGGGUCAGAGUUCGCGGCGUGCCUGAGCGAGGCGACGACGGCGUGGCCGCGGCUGUUCUUCGCGGCGAGCGCGGCGCUGUUCUUCGCGCUGCCGCUGCUGCUGCUGCUGGUGCUGUACGGCCGCAUCGCGCGCCACCUCGUGGCCGCCACCGCCCCCGCCGGCAGCGCCGCCCCCGCCGAGCCGGGCCCGGCGCGCGCGCGCCGCCAGGUGGCGCUCAUGCUGGCCACAGUCGUGCUCUCCUUCUUCCUCUGCCUGCUGCCCUUCCGCGCCUUCGCCCUCUGGGUCAUCUUCGCGAGCGACGAGGCCGUCACCGGGCUCGGCCCCGAAGCUUACUUCAACCUGCUGUACUUCUGCCGCACCAUGCAUUACGUCAACUCGGCGAUGAACCCCAUCCUGUACAACCUGAUGUCGUCCAAGUUCCGCGCUGGGUUCGCGCGUCUGUGCGGCCUGGGGCGGCGGCGGCGGCGGCGGCUGGCGCUGCUGAGGGGCGGUACUUCUCUUUCUUCUCCUCAGUCAUCUGACAGGCGUUGCCGUUCCACAGGACUACAUCCAGCAUCUCUACGAUCGUCUCCAUGGGAGAAUAGCAGCCUUCCCGUUAUCCUGGUGGCUGAGUACGGCACGGAGGAGUACUUCGACGGCUCGAUGGUGCCCGUGUGUUUCUCCAUGGUGGACUCGUUCUGGCCGGCGUUCUUCUUCCUGGCGACCAUCGCCGUCUUCUUCCUGGUUCCGCUCAUCAUCCUGGUGGUACUGUACGGCGUCAUCGCGCGGCACCUCAUGGCCAACCCACGCAUCAUGUCCGUGCAUCAGCAGCUGCACUACAGGUACCGCAAGCAGGUGGUGCUGAUGCUGGGCACGGUGGUGGCUGCGUUCUUCGUGUGCCUGCUGCCGUUCCGCGCCUUCACCGUCUGGAUCAUCGCCGCGCCGCCGGAGACGGUCGUCUCGAUCGGCUACGAGAACCACUACGGGCUGCUGUGUCUGUGCCGCGUCAUGCACUACCUCAACUCGGCGGUGAACCCCAUCCUGUACAACCUGAUGUCGUCCAAGUUCCGCGACGGCUUCUCGCGACUGUGCUGCCGCUGCGGCUGCGCCGGUGGUCCGCUGGGCCGGCGAGGCACGGGCCUGUCCUCCAGCGCGACCGCCACCACUGUACGCUCCUCGGCGGGUGAUUCGCUCUGGAGGCGGCCGGGCCGCGCCUCCUCCAGCUGCAGCCGCAGCCGCAGGGCUGAGCGCCGCCUGCUGCACCACAUCGCCAGAGAGUGCUCCGUCUCCGUCCACAACGGCGUCUGCGCCGUCAAGGCCGGCCGCUCCAAGGACGUCUCUUACCUGUGA